UUGAAGCUGCUUUUCUCUCAUUGUUUGUGACCAUGACUGGUGGUAGAUCACUAAAACUUCAGCUAUUACUUAUAUGGGUUGUUUGUAGUCUAACUAUUACAAAAUCUAGAACAGGAAAUGCAACUAUAAGAUGCGUCGAGAGUGAAAGGCAAGCGCUGCUCAAGUUCAAGAAAGGCCUUGUUGAUGAAGCAAACUUGCUCUCCUCUUGGACGAGUGGAGAAGAUUGUUGCAGAUGGAGUAGAGUUGGGUGUGACAAUCACACUGGUCAUGUUAUCAUGCUCGAUCUCCGGCCUGUAACAUAUGGUGAUAGUAAUUCUGUUUGGACUGGAUUCGGUGGUGAGAUAAGCCCUUUCUUGCUUGAAUUGCCAUAUUUGAGUCACUUGGAUCUCAGUGGUAAUGGCUUUCAAAAAAUACCAGAUUAUUUUAGUUCACUCAGUAAGUUGACAUAUCUUGACCUGUCAUUGAAUUCACUUAAUGGAACAUUUCCUUACCAACUUGGGAAUCUUUCUAUGCUUCAGUAUCUUGAUCUUAGUUUGAAUCUUGAUAUGAGAGUAGACAGUUUUGAUUUUCUUGAUCGCCUUUCAUCUUUAAGAGUCCUUAAUUUAAGUCAUAUCAGUAUUGGUAAAGAUGUGGAUUGGCUAAAAUCAAUCAAAAUGCACCCUUCUUUGUCAACCUUGGAAUUAUCUCAUUGUCAUUUUCCUCCAGUUAAUCAUUCAUCUCUUUCCCAUGUUAAUUCUUCCAAAUCUCUUGGCUCUCUUCGCCUUAAAUAUAAUAGUUUCAAUUCCUCAAUUCACUCAUGGUUGUUCAAUGUUAGUGCUGCCAUUGUUGAUCUUGAUAUCAUAGAUGACCAGUUGGAAGGUCCAAUUCCAGAUUCUUUUGGAGACAUGAUAUCACUUGUUCAUUUGAGCCUCUCCUUGAAUGCAUUUGAAGGUGGAAUACCAAAAUCUUUCAGGAAGCUUUGCAAUUUAAAAACGUUAUCUGUGUCAUUAAGUUCUAUCUCUGGUCUACUCACAGAUUUGCUGCAAAACCUCACAGGCUGUGCCAAGAAUUCAUUAGAGGUAUUAGCAUUAAGUAUGAACCAACUCAGAGGUUCAAUUCCUGAUAUUACUGAAUUUUCAUCCCUUAAAGAAUUAUAUCUUGAUUAUAAUCGUUUAGAUGGGUCUUUUCCUGAAAGUUUUAAUCACUUGUCUCAACUUCGUAUUCUGAAUUUGGAAGGAAACCAGUUAGUUGGUUCAUUGCCUAACCUUUUGAAUUUAGCAUCACUUACCAAGUUGCUUGUGGGCAGCAACGAGUUAAAUGGAAGUUUAACUGAAAGCAUCGGGAAGCUUCUUAAUCUUGAAAUACUGGAUGCAUCUUCAAAUAAGUUGAAAGGAAUUGUAUCAGAAGCUCACGUAUCUAAUCUUUCCAAAUUGCAGCAGCUGGACUUGUCUUAUAAUUCACUAUCUCUGAAUGUGAGUUCUGAUUGGACUCCCAAAUUUCAACUGGAUAUUAUCAAACUAAGAAGUUGUAAGUUAGGCCCCAAAUUCCCUACUUGGCUCCAAAGCCAAAGGAAUUUCUCCCACCUUGAUAUCUCUAAUUCUGAGAUUUCAGAUGCCAUCCCUGACUGGUUCUGGAAUAUGCCUUUAAGAUUAAGCUAUAUGAACCUCUCUUUUAACCACAUAUAUGGCCAAGUACCAAAUCUAUCCUUAGAGUUGUAUACUUUUCCUGCAGUGGAUUUGAGUUUCAACUUGUUCCAUGGACAUAUACCGCAGUUCCUUUCUAAUACAACAGUACUCAGUCUCUCCAAGAAUAUGUUUACAGGGUCCCUAUCUUUUCUAUGCAUGGUACCAGAUAGCCCUUUGAGCUAUGUUGACCUUUCCCACAAUUCACUUUCAGGAAGCCUUCCUGAUUGUUGGCGACAACUAAAGCUGUUAGUUUUUCUCAAUUUGGAAAGCAAUGAUUUAUCCGGGACAAUCCCAAGUUCAAUGAGCUCCCUUCAUAGUAUGGAGACAUUGCGUUUGAGAAAUAACAGUUUUACAGGUGAACUGCCUUCAUCCUUGAAAAACUGCUUCCGCCUGGUACUUCUUGACCUUGGAGAGAAUAAGCUAACAGGAAACAUACAAGCAUGGGUUGGAACAAGCCUGAAAAAUUUGAUUGUGCUUCGUCUGCGGUCAAAUAAAUUUUAUGGGAACAUUCCUUCAACAAUUUGUCAUCUGAGCUUUGUCCAGGUGUUGGAUAUUUCAUUCAACAAUCUAUCAGGAACUAUUCCAGCUUGCUUCAACAACUUCACUGCUAUGGCUCUAAAUCAAAGUUCAAGUAAUAUGGUAUCCCAUCAGUAUUUUUUGUCUUACAGUUACUGGAAUGGAAGUGGAUCGCUUCACCUUCCCCAAGAUACUGCAUUAUAUGUUGAUUAUGCAUUGGUUAUUUGGAAAGGAAUAGAGCAAGAGUAUGGCAGAACACUGGGAUUGCUGAAGAUAAUUGAUCUCUCAAACAAUUCUCUCGUCGGAGAAAUUCCUGAAGAACUUGGAAGUCUGUUUGGACUAAUUUCCUUGAAUUUAUCAAGAAACAAUUUGACUGGAACAAUCCCUAGUAGAAUUGGACAGGAAAAAUGUUUAGAAUCUCUCGAUUUCUCCCACAAUCAACUUUCUGGCCAAAUUCCUACAGGCAUUGCUGAUUUGAAUUUUCUUGCUAAAUUGGAUUUGUCAAGUAACCAAUUGACUGGGAAAAUUCCAACCAGCACUCAGCUGCAAAGCUUUAGUCCCUCUGUAUAUUCGGGGAAUCCAGGGCUUUGUGGACCACCAUUGAGCGACUGCGAAGAUGACAGAACAACGAGACAUCCCUCGGCUACUGUAACUGAAAAGAACACUGGAGAAAGUGAAAAAUGGGUAAACAGGUCUUCACUUUAUGCUGGCAUGGGGGUUGGAUUCAGUGUAGGAUUUUGGGGACUUUGGGGACCUUUGUUGAUAAGUAAUUCUUGGAGACGCACUUAUUUCCUGCUCUUGAAUAACAUGGCAGACAAGCUCUGCUUGAUAAUUUCACCCAGACAUGCUUAAUUCUAAUUAUUAGUAAAAUAAAUUAGAAAUGAACGAAUUCCCUCUGUAAAUAACACUUCUCCUGGAAGUGCCUAAUGAAAGACUCUGGCUUCAAACUGUUUUACUACUACAUUGGAUGUUUUAAUUUAAAUUGCAUUAAUUA